AUGUUGCAGCAUGCCACAAUAACAAAGAUGACGGAUUUCAGUGAUCUUGAUGAUGAUGAUAUCGUAGGUUUACUGGAUCAGGAUGUGAAUCGAUGUGUGGAGACGAGUGUAACUAGACACAAGCUGGCGAUGCAGCGAGAUCUAACAGGAAAGGUGCUGGAUGGGGAGAAAAGGUACUACGAAGAGGUAGUCACUAGUGUCACCUACAAGCCUACACACCACCAACUGCGUUACGAAAAUCUAAAUACGUACCUCUAUCCUACAAACUACGAGGUGCGCGAAUACCAAUUCAAUAUUGUCCAUCGUGCGUUAUUCGAAAAUGUGCUCUGUGCGAUUCCCACAGGUAUGGGUAAGACCUUCAUUGCCAGUACGGUGAUGCUCAAUUACUAUAGGUGGACAGUGGGCACAAAAAUUAUAUUUACUGCUCCCACACGACCACUUGUUGCGCAGCAAAUUAAAGCAUGCCUGGGGAUUACUGGUAUACCCUAUAAUGAUACGGCAAUUCUUCUGGACAAGAGCCGAAAGCACAGGGAACAGAUUUGGUCAGAGAAACGUGUAUUUUUCGCAACGCCCCAAGUGGUGGAAAAUGACCUUAAGAGAGGGGCACUGAAUCCGAAAGAUGUUGUAUUACUUGUAAUUGAUGAAGCUCAUCGCGCGCGGGGUUCAUACGCCUACGUGGAACUUACGAAAUUUAUUGACAGAUUUAAUACAUCAUACAGAGUUCUAGCAUUGACAGCAACACCUGCAACUGAUUUAGAAGGCGUUCAAGAAGUGGUUGACAAUCUGCAAAUUUCUAAAAUUGAGCUUAGGACUGAAGAAAGUGAAGAUAUUGUGAGGUAUAUGAAACGUCGGGAUACAGAAGAAGUCAUAGUUCCGCUAAUCCCUGAAAUUGAAGAUAUAAUUGAACAGUUAGGAAUUGCAAUUACUCCUGUAUUGAAAGAGGCCGUUCAAUUAGGCCUUUAUGAUGAUUGCGAACCUGUGAAUAUCAAUGCUUUCAUUGCAAUGCAGCAAAGCCAGAAAAUACUAGCCAACAGCUCAAUACCUGAAGGAGUAAAAUGGAAAAACUACUUUAUCCUUCAGCUACUCUGCCAUGUCGGCCAUAUGUUAAAACGGUUAAAAAUAUAUGGAAUCCAAACGUUUUACACCUACUUUGAUAAUAAAUACAGGGAAUUUACAACAAAGUACGGGAUUGGAAAAUCAACGAACAAGACUGCAGCGUCGUUUUACUACAGUUCUAUUUUGAAGAAUAUAACAAAAACUUGUCAAGCAUACACAGCAAACCCAAGUUUUCUUGGACACGGCAAACUUUAUCGCGUCAGAGACGAGUUAAGCACGUUUUUUGCAAGUGCUGGCGAUGACUCCAGAGUUAUCAUCUUUACAGAGUUGCGUGAGUCUGCACUAGAACUGGUAAAAUGCGUGGACAAUAUGAACGAUAGGUUCAUCAGACCUCAUAUAUUUAUCGGCCAAGCGAAGGGCAAAGAGUCCUUCGAUGACGGUGAAUAUCUGCGGAAACAUGCUCCGAAGGGAAGGAAGAAGGUAGAUAGAAUUCGCAGACUAGAAGAAGAAAAGCGGCUAGCUGAUGAGAAACUGCGGAAGAAAGAAGAGGAGAAGUUGGCGAGAACUGCAAGAAGAACAGGAAGCUCCGAAGAAGCCCAAAUCAGUGGUAUGACGCAGAAGCAACAAAAAGAAGUGAUAAGUCUAUUUAAAAAGGGAGACUAUAAUGUUCUUGUUUGUACUUCUAUCGGUGAGGAGGGUCUUGAUAUUGGAGAGGUGGAUAUGAUAAUAUGCUAUGAUACCACCAGCAGUCCUAUUAAAAAUAUUCAGCGGAUGGGUAGAACAGGCAGAAAAAGAGAUGGAAGAAUAGUUUUACUUCUUAGCGAUAAUGAGCCAAGGAAGUUUGAACAGGCAAUGGAGGAUUAUGCACAGUUACAAAGAUUAAUUGGCGAAGAAUCCUUAAAUUACAAGGUCACAGAUAGAAUAAUACCCAAGGGAAUAAAUCCUCAGUGCCAGAAGGAAUUCAUCACUAUCUCGGAGAAGAACAGUGCUGUCAACGGUAUGGAAGACGCAGACUCUGUCAUAAAGUAUGCCACACAAGCAAUGUUAGGGAAACUAGAUAAAAGGAAGGCUGUGAAGAAGAGUACGGGCAAGGCUGCGCCUAAGCGCUUCUUUAUGCCAGACGACGUUGAAACAGGAAUUGUACCGGCAAUGAAACUGGUAAAAAGUUAUAAGUAUACAGAAAAUGGCGAGGCUUUUCCUGUGGCCGAGUCAGUCAAAGGCAGACGCCCUAAGUCGAAGGACACACUCUUGGACCGUUUGGAAUAUGAUUCGCUUGAAUCAGAGUUGUCUUCUCCUGAGAAAGCCACGAAGUCGCAGAAUGUUGUUGAAAUUCGACCAAAAUUAUUGUCCGACAUAUUAUUAAAAGACGAGGAUACUUUGCAUUUUGAGCAUAGUUCGUCUUGUCCCAAAGUGGAUAGUUUGGCUUCGGUCACAACCCUCUCUAGUGAUAAUAAAUCCACCCCAGAUCAGCUUAAACGUUCCCAAAGUGAUAACGGCUUUGGUAUUCCACCAAAAAGACAACGGCUCUGUUAUGACACCAGUGCCAACUGCUCCAGCACCGAUACCCACUUGAUGGAGGCACAGAGCAAGAAUAAGGAUAAUCCCGCCAACCGCAAGACAGGUGAACCUCAUUACAAACUAGAGGUAUCCCCACUGAAACGCGAAGAAGAUGACCGCGAUGUCAUUCCACAAAAUAUUGCGGUUAAACCUGAGGUACCACAUCUAACGCAGGAAUGUCUCACCACUGGGCGAGUAUACAAGUCCGAAUUUUCGAAAUACGAUGGAUUCCUGACUGUGUCUGAGAGGCGGUACUUUGAACAGAACUACUCGCCUGUCCACCUGGUGUCACUGGAACCCAGACCUGUUUUCUCGCGGUCGAGAAACCGGGUAGCUAUCGUGCCACAUAGCGAACGGGUGCAGAGAUUAAUCAAUAUAUUUGCAGCGAUGGACACAGACGACAAGGUGCAUAUAAUCGAUAUGCAUAGGAAGCAUGCGCUUGCGCGCCGGACCGUUCAUGGUGGCCCCACGGAAAAUAGCGAUCUUCUGCAGCCUUCUUCUGAUGGCAUUAUAGUUCCAAAUGAUGACAUUCGGCUAUUUUCCCUGCGACCAAGAGCUACCGACUUCGAAGAUAUGUUAGAAGAUGAUGAGGGCCUAUCAGAACUUCUAGACUCUGACUGA